AUGAUUAUUGAUCCAAGGGAACGAUUGUAUGUACCUGAUGCAGAAAAUAUCCGAAGUGAUAUUCUAGCUGAAGCAUACACUACACCAUAUUCUAUUCAUUUGGGAGCUACUAAAAUGUAUAGAGAUUUGAAGUUACAUUAUUGGUGGCCAAACAUGACAGGGAUAAAGGCUAGUAGAAACCUUAUAACCAUUACCUAUCCCCAAGUGAAAAUGGGAAAGAAUCAUGAUGAAUUUUGUGGUGAAAUUAAAUUGAAAUUAGCUUAUUUCAUCCCAGGCCAGUUAAGUAAAUUUUUGCCGUUGGUAGAAUUUGCACAUAACAACAGUUAUCAAGCUACUAUUGGAAUGGCUCCUUGUGAAGCAUUAUAUGAUAGAAAACGUUGGUCUCCGGUUUAUUGGGAUAAGGUUGGAGAAAGGAAACUAUUAGGUCCAGAUAUGGUGCGUGAAAUGGCUGAAGUUGUGACACAAAUACGUCAACGGAUGGAAACUGCUCAAAAUAGACAGAAAAGCUAUGCAAAUUAA